AUGAAAUCGUUUGCAGCACUUCUUCUCGCGCUGUAUAGCCUGCAGCCGGUGCAAGCAUCUAGAGCUAUCAGCCUCACAGCGCAGGCUGGGUUACAUGUCAUUUACUCUUACUCUGGGUCGACACCUCCAGCAGAAUUGACGACUCUCAUCAAACAGGGAUUAGUCGGCGGAGUCAUACUGUUCGGCGGCAACGUCAAUAGCAACCUUCCCGCGACAAUCAAUUCAUGGCAGAAAGCCUACGCCAGUAGCCCAGCCUAUAUCGGAUCCCCAUUACUGAUAAUGACGGACCAAGAAGGCGGAAAAGUUCGUCGACUGCCUGGAGGACCAAUUUCUUCCGAGAAGGUUAUCGGAGAAUCGUCCAAUCCAGAGCAAUCAGCAUCCCAAGCUGGAUCUGAUGCUGCCGCAGCAUUGGGCGCGUACAACAUGAAUACCAAUCUUGCUCCUGUGUUGGAUGUCUUUCGCACGCCGGGGGACUUUGAGGAUCAGUAUCAACGAUCUUACAGCGACAAUGCAACUUUGGCGGGCAUUUGUGGCGCCGCAUUUACUACCGCACAGCAGGGCGCGGGAUACAUUGCGACAGCCAAGCACUUCCCUGGUUUGGGAAGUGCAUCCUCAACUGAGAACACCGAUGAAGUGCCGGUCACUUUGAAUCUUACAAUCGGAGAGAUCAGGGCUGUUGACGAAAUACCCUAUUACAAUGCUAUUGCUGCUGGUAUUGACAUGAUAAUGCCAUCUUGGGCAUUGUAUCCCGAUUUUGACAGCCAGUAUCCUUCUGGUCUUAGUGAGAAAUGGUUGAAACAGGAACUUCGUGGUCGAUUGGGCUUUCAGGGCGUUACUAUCAGUGAUGCAAUCGAGGCCGGGGCCUUGACAGCAUUCGGUUCGGAUUCACAACGUGCGGUGCUGGCAAGUGGCGCCGGUAUGGAUAUCAUUCUAGCUGCUGCUCAGAAUGUCACUCAGGGCAAGACAAUCGUUAACGCUCUGGCGAAUGCUUUGAACAGUGGAGCUCUGGAUACGGUCGAGUUUAGCGCAGCGACGCAGAGGAUCAUUCAACUACGUAAAAAGCUACUCGCAUAA